UUCCCUUUAAACAGGAAUUAGAUAUCUAUCCCUUGUUUUCAUUUCGCUUAAGCUUAUGUUCUAGGCCUAUCGGAUAUUAGUUUCGUGUUAUGUUUUGUGAUGUAAUUGCAUUGACUUUACAGCCUAAAGAUAAUGCUAAGGAAUAUCUCAACUGUUGUAUUGACUUAAGCGGACUGUAAUUAGAGAGUGGCUAAUACAUGGUUAAUUGAUGCUAACAUAAACAGGUGAAUAGUUUUGAUAGGGACCAAAGUUAACUACAAACCAGUUUUGGGCUCACUAUGGAGAUGGAAGCCAAGAGACUGCGUGAGCUGUUCAAAGGACGUUUUACUCAAGACGAAGCAGUGCAGCUGAUUGCACAUUAUGGCGAGGAAGCAGCCAUCAGAGUUUUACAAGCGGAACCAGAAGAGAUUAGCAGGAUUCUUGAGAAGGAUGCAGAAGACGUCCUAAGGCUGUCUCUAGAAGACUCUGAAAGAAUUUACCACUUGCUGGAAGAAGGAUUGGAAGCAGACUCUGAGCCUCGCCAGUUUGCUUGCAGGGUCUGUGUGCGGUGUUGGUGGAGGGUAGUCCCUGGCAGAAAAAAGAUAUCAAAAUGUCGUCAGUGUAAAAUUAAAUAUGAACCUAUCCCUAGAGACAAAGAAUGGGGAACUGGAGAGUUUGAGUGUCAUAACAUCAAUUGUCUGUACACCUUUCGUGCCGCUGCCAUAAUGGGGGUGACAGAGUGCGUGUGCCACCAUUGUAACCACACUGUUCGCGUGAAGCGCAUCACCCCUCCAAGGAAUAGAAGAGAGGACGCCCCAAGAAUAGACAAUCAUGAUUGUAAUGGCAUCAACUGCUACCGCCAAUAUGUGGAGCCGCCCUUGUGCCACGCGUGUCCUAACGCUAUGAAUGAAAUCGCUGCUCGAAUCGGUAGAUUACCUGUAAUAUUUUAUGGCAAUAACAACAGGGGUCAUCACCAUGGAAACAACAGGGGUCAUCCCCAUGGAAACAACAGGGGUUAUUCCCUUGGAAACAACAGAGGUCAUCUCCAUGGAAACAAUAGGGGUCAUCACCAUGGAAACAACAGGGAUCCUCCCAAUGGAAACAACAGGUGUCACCAAGACAGAGAAGACAAUGACAGUGUAGGAAGGAGUUCUAGAGGACCUGACAACCCUGGAGAUGGUCCAGCAGGUUCACGUGUGAUCAUGAACAGCAGUCAACAACAGUGUCCUCCCUUGGACAGAGCUAGCGAUCUGGAACUGAUGCCGUCGGCUGUUGAAGCAGAACAAGCGUCAAGUCUUGACAUCCUUAUAUUAAACAGACCUGCUAACUCAACACUAAAGAAUGAAGCUGAGAUUAUCAAAAACAUGAAAUGCGUCGUCGGUGGGGAGGACAAUGCUGACACCAAUGCUAGACUGUCUCAAGCUAAAGAAAACUCAAGUCUUAUGCUUUUACAAGGUGAAGUUUUAACCAGUGAAUUAAGCCAUUCUUUACAGGAUGAGGCUUCUACCAGUGAAUCUUUUCAUAAUGAGGCUUCUACCAGUGAAUCUUUUCAUGAUGAGGCUUCUACCAGUGACUUAAGUCAAUCUUUUCAGGACGAGGCUUCUACUAGUGACUUAAGUCAAUCAGAACAAUCAGGAAAGCAAAUGAUGAAAAAAAAGAAGACAAGGGUAAAGAGAAUGAGAAGAAAGAAAAAGCAACAAGAAAAGACAACUCUGGAGCAAGAAAUCACAUCAUUAAAGCUCAGAGUUGACCAAGACCGACAACCCAAGCGCACCGCUCACGAUGUUAAUCCUUUCCCAGAAGAGGUACCAAAAGAUCCAGAAGAGGAACCGAAAGAACAAGAAGAUCGUAUCGACUCUCCACUUUGUUACCACAAAUUUUCGGUUCCGUAUUUACCCCUCAACGCUGUGGUCAGGACGUGGAGUGAGCCACACAUCAGCUCAGGUUCAACUGUUUCUACCGUUCUUGACCAGGCCAGCCUUAUGACCAAAAGUAUUCGCCUGGCUUUUAAAAUGCCCUCAGAUGGUUAGCCUAAACAUUUCUACCCUGCCUGGGAGGUAAAGUUGUAUGCGUAAACAGCAGAUGCAUUUUAAUGUCGAUAUAAUUAGGCCACAAAAGUCUCGCUGAUCAAUAGUAAAAGUAAAGUUUCCCGUUUCAGACCUUGCGAUCUAUGGGGCAGGUCAUGUUAAGGUCAGACAGACAGCUGAUCAAUAGUAAAAGUAAAGUUUCCCGUUUCAGACCUUGCGAUCUAUGGGGCAGGUCAUGUUAAGGUCAGACAGACAGCUGAUCAAUAGUAAAAGUAAAGUUUCCCGUUUCAGACCUUGUGAUCUAUGGGGCAGGUCAUGUUAAGGUCAGACAGACAGCUGAUCAAUAGUAAAAGUAAAGUUUCCCGUUUCAGACCUUGCGAUCUAUGGGGCAGGUCAUGUUAAGGUCAGACAGACAGCUGAUCAAUAGUAAAAGUAAAGUUUCCCGUUUCAGACCUUGUGAUCUAUGGGGCAGGUCAUGUUAAGGUCAGACAGACAGCUGAUCAAUAGUAAAAGUAAAGUUUCCCGUUUCAGACCUUGCGAUCUAUGGGGCAGGUCAUGUUAAGGUCAGACAGACAGCUGAUCAAUAAAGGGGCACACUUUGAUUCUAUUUACUGUGUUGAUGACGGGAGACUUGUUGAACUAUUGAAAUAAAAUGAGCACAACCAUGAA